AUGGAUACACCAGAUAAAACCGAGUUCACUCCAACUGCUUCUCUUUCAAAAUUUGAGGAUUCACCUGUCUUUAAGUACAUUGACAGUCUUUAACCUAUUGAGCUAGCCAAGUCCAGGCGGACUGAUAAUGUUUUCAAUUCACUAGAUUGUUUGUCCCCUUCGUCUUUGUUUCCUUCCCUCAGUUGCCAUAGGGAAUCCAGGUUUUUGGUUGAAAGGCAUCAUUUCUUGGCAGCUUCAAACUCCAGGGUCCUCCAGAGUGGUAAUGACUCUAAUACAGGCGAGGGAGCUUCAAAAGCCAUUGAGCAAUCUGACUUGGGUGAUGAACAUCUGGGAUGUCUCAAUAAUGGCAGUUCAUCCAAAGGAAUUAGCAGUGAUCUACUUGAUGAGCAAUCAUAUUUAGCAAUCGGGUUGCCAAGAGCCUUGAAAUAUGAUUGUGGGAGUCCUGAUGGUAACUUGGAGCCUUGUGAUGAGAUACUGAAAAACCCAAGCGUGGAACUGGCAGGAGAAGAGAGAUCUCCUUUCCAACACAACAGGGAUGAAGGGAAAGAGAGGCAACGGUUAUUUGAAAAUGAAAGAGAUUUGUGUAAAAUAUGUCAAAUUAAGUGGAAUGAAGAAUCAGCAGGAUGUGACUGGUUGGCAAUUGUUUCUGAUGGUGCUGAUAUGUUGACAAUGAAUUCACCUAUCAUUCAUGAGAAUACCAAUGGGCAAGAUCGGAGAACAGCAGACCGUGGGACAACCUCUUUUCUAUCAACUAUCCUGCAGUUCCCACUAGAUAAUGCCAAUAAUUUAGAAAAUGCAGAAUCAGGUGAUCCUAGCAGUUCUUGCAAACAAAGUGAAUUGCGAGAGCCAAUAACAGGUCAGACACCUGGCAUCCUGUCUAAUUCUCUACUGGACAAACUAGCAGUCAGUGAUUCAGGUUUGAAAAAGGAUAACAAAGGGAAGAAGUGCAACCAGUCCAGUUGUCAGCAGCCUAGCAUCCGAUGGCGCUGUCUGGUGUUUGAGAAGUCACCUGGUUUCGGUUUGCACUUGAAUUCACUUCCAAACAUCUCAAAAGGUCAGAAUCCUCUUAGUAUAACUCUAAGCUCUAUGAAGAGGGGUGAGGUUCCUCAUGACAACAGAAUUGUGGUUACAGGAUAUUCUUCUGAGAUAACUGCUAGUGUUGAUGGCAAUGAGGCUGACCAUAAUAGUCUGGAAAUGAAGAGGCAAAAUUUUGAACUUGUCGAUGAGAGUGCAGCAUGCAAGUGCUGUAACUGUAAAAGAUCAAAAUGCUUGAAGCUGUAUUGUGUCUGCUUUGCUGCUGGUCUGUAAUGUAUUGAGCCUUGUUCGUAUCAAGAUUGCUUCAAUAAGCCAAUUCAUGAAAAUAUGGUACUAGAGACUCGCAGACAGAUUGAAUCUCGCAAUCCACUAGCAUUUGCUACCAAAGUGAUUAGAAGCACUGACAGUUUUUUGGACUGCUGGGGUGAAACUAACAAAACUCCAGCUUCAGCCAGGCAUAAAAGAGGAUGCAAUUGUAAAAAAUCAAGUUGCUUAAAGAAAUACUGUGAAUGCUUUCAGGCUGGUGUGGGAUGCUCUCCUAGUUGUAGAUGUGAAGGUUGUAAAAACAGUUUUGGGCCUAAGGAUGGUGGUGAUGAAUCUGACUCUGAAGGGGAGGACUUACAGGCCUGUAAAAGGAAUGCAUCAGAGAAAAAUUCAAGCAACAUUGUAAUCAAUAAAGGUGAAGAGCAUCUAGAUAUUUCAGUACCUUCCUCUGAUAUUUCCAGGGUGCCAUUUGCUUAUAGCGGGAAGCUUUCAGGAUCAUUUGCCUAUUCUGUUAGGUCAUCUCCUCAGUUGUGCACCACUCAAGAACAUGGCUCAUCAGAUUCUUCCUCUUGUAGCUCCAAGUUCAGUUCACAUCUUCAGGCAAUUCCAGAAGAUGAAACUCCUGAGGUUCUGAAACAUAAAUGCGUACCUCUUGAUCCGAAACCAACCUCUCCAAACUGUAAGAGGGUUUCACCUUCACAUCGUGAAUGCAGUUCAUCCACUGCAUGGCGUAGUAGGAAGUUGAUACUGAGAUCUGUCCCUCCAUUUCCAUCAUUCUCUCCACCAUGAAAAAAGCUUUGACUUUUCAAAACACUUGUUAAAGUUAUCAUUUUCUUCAUAAUGCUGGUGUUCUCCAGCAAUGGGAUUUUGAGGCAAUUCCUUUCCACAUAUAGUAACAAUGUACUUCCACUAUAUGCAAUGCAUCUUCAGAAUAGGUUGUCCCUGUAAUACUAUGUUUUUUUUUCUUCUUGUCUCCGUAAA